AUGGAUGAAAAACACCAGUGUAAAAAUAGAAAAAUACAAAUUCAUAACUUUUAUGAUAAAAUAAACAAUAAUAAUGAAAGUGAUUUAAAUUUGUCUUCUAUAAAAUUUCCAGAUUUUGAAAAAGAAUUUGAAACAUUUUAUAAAAACACAUCGAAUGAAACGUUGACAAGACCUAAAGCCGAAGAAAGCGAAAAUAUCCAGCAUUUAAAAAAAAUAAAUAAAAUGGAGCACCAACAAAUAAAUAACUUACAAAAUUUUAAGCAAUCGAAAAAGGGUUAUAAAAAUAAAUUAAAAGAAGUUGAAGGAAUUACUAAACCUUUUAGUGUAAAUACAAGAAAUAUUCAAAAUGAAAAUAAUUUAGGACGAAAUAAAUCUAUAGAACAAAUUUUAAUGGACAUUCAAGAUGGACCCAAUUUAAGAAAUACCAAUGAUCACCAACAAUUUAUUAGUGAGAAAGAAUAUUAUCUUUUUAACACUUCAAACAAAAUAUAUUUAAAUAAUGUAAUAAAUUCAAGUGAUUUCAACACAAUAUAUGAACAGAAUGUGCAAUAUCGAGAAUCAGAAUCAUCUAACAUCAUUCAUAUUUGGUAUGAAGAUAACAAAUUAACUUAUACUUGGAAUAGUACAAUGAAACAAGAAUAUAUAAAAAAAGGUAUAUACGAUCUUUGCAUGAAUAUUAUUAAUGACGAUUUCUAUUUAGUUCGAAUAAAAAGACUGAUAAAAGAAAAUAUAACUAAUGCAAAAGAAAGUGAAAACAUAAAUGGCGUUUACUACAAAUUAUUUGAGGAAUAUUAUUACAAAGAUUUUGGAAAUAUACGAAAUUGUGAAGAAUAUCUAAUAAAAAAAAUAAAUUUUAAUAAAUCAAUCAAAUUCAAAGAAAUGGAAGCAAUAGAAGAAGUAGAAAACUUGGACAUGGACAAUGAAAAAGCAUAUGAAGAUAAUUUCGAAGAACUUAUUAAUCCUCUUAAUUUUCCAGAAGUUUUAAGAGCUAUUGAAUAUGCAAAAGAAGGAAGCAAUUUAUUAAAGCAUACAUUUUUUAAUAUUCCUCAUUUAAGAUAUUUUAUUUUAAGUAAAAAUUUAAAAUACAUAAGAUGGUUUUCAUCGAGAAAAUAUGAAGAAGACUGUAAAAUAUAUUUUAAAAAUAUCAACAGUUUAGAAAUAAAUAAUAUGAAUGAUAAUAUUUUUUCAAAUUAUCAAAUCAAUUUAUUAAAAAAUUUUACUUUUUGUAUAAUAUAUAAUAACCAAAAAAAAAAAAUAACUUUAACAUGUAAAUGCCUUUACGAGUUUAAUACUUGGGUUACUGUUAUUCGUUCCCUUAUGUUUAAAUCAAAAAAUUUAAAAACAACAAAAAGAAUACUAUUGUCUCACAUUUAUCAAAAUAAGUAUGAAAAUAAAACUGAUGGGGAUACUAGCCAUUUGCUCCAAACAAAUAUUCAUAGUAAAAGUAGAAGCGAAAAUGACGAGGAAAAUAAACUAAAGACAUUUCACUUGUUCAAUCUGAUAAAAUUCCCGAAUUAUAACAUCUACCAAGCUAAAAUAAAAUUUUUACUACUAAAAGAAAAAUUCUAUAAAUAUAAAAUUUGGAUAGAAGAAGAAAUAAAUGAAUAUAAUUCGAGCAAAGAAAAUGAGAUCGAUAAAGUUAAUCUAACAUCAUUUCAGAACGAAAAAAAUAAUUCAAAAAAUUUACAAAUUAAUGUAAAUAGUAGAAUAAAUAUGGAGACAUAUGAUUGUAAUAUUUUUGAAAUAAGUGAAAAUGGAUCCAAUGUUAUUGAAGAAAAAUAUGAUUUGUCUAAUCCUGACUUAAUCAUAGACGCAUACUCAUAUAUGGAUGAAGAUUCGAAUGAAUUCAAACUUCGAUUGAUGAUAAAAUUUUAUAACCAAAUAGAUGAAAAAAUCAAAAUUAUUCAAAAAAAUAUUUUAGAUGUUGGAAGGUUACUAAAACGAAACGAAUCAUUAUAUAUUCAUCAAAAUCAGCAAAAUGGAUUUAACAUAGAACAUAUAUUUAAACAUGCAUUUGAAUUAUACAAAACUGUAGAAAAUAAAUUGUUUAAAAAUAAAUUAUCCAAUCCUAAUACAAAAAAUUAUAACAAUUAUGAUAUAAAAGAAAAUACAAAAGUUGAAAAAUUGGGAAAUGGCCAAAAUCCUUUUAAAAUAGAAAAUAUUAUACCUGAUUAUCAAUAUUAUAAAAAUAUUUUUAAUAACUCUUUUCUUAAUAUUAAUACAAAUAAAACUAAAAUAAAAACUGAAAUAUACAACAUAAAUGCGCCUGAUAAAUGCUAUGAAUAUGAGCAUCUCACAAAUAUAGACAACUAUCCUUAUUCGGAUGAACAAUAUCAAAUUAGAGAAAAUAUGAAAACACCAAAUAAUCUCGAAAAUCCGAUUGAAGAAAUAAAUAACAUAAUACAAAAAAUAAUGUUCAACUUGUGGAUGAGUGAAAUCAAACUAGCAAAUGUAGAAGAUAUAUAUAAUAUAUAUGUUUAUAAUUUAAAAACAAAAAAUCGAAAACAAUCUUCACAUAUGGCUGAUAUUGAUACACAAAAUAUUUGGAAAUAUAUUUCUAACUUAUUCUCAGAAACUAUUUUGAAGUCCAACUGUGUAUGA